AUGCCACCAAUGAUCAAAUUCUGGCUUAGUACCCUCAAGGAGGGCAAAUCAAUAGAUUCAACAGCUUUCCAGAGUAUGAUAUCGGAUAUUCUCGAGUUCUGUGCCACCUAUACCAAAUCCGACUCCGAAGCGCACGCCUUCUACCACGAUACGAAAGACCCGACUCGGGUAUUGAUGAUCACCGGCUAUCCAUCACAAGAGCUCAAUGCAGAAGCUGACAAGAUCUACGCGGAGAGGUUUCUUCCGAGAAUGUUUGAUCAAGUUCAACAUACCUGGCUUAAACAGCUUGAUAUGAGCAUCGCAGAAAUACAUUUGGAGGAUAACUUGAUUGUUGCUUAUGGCAAAGAGCCAUCGGCGUGGGUGGAUAGAGGUACCGGAGGCUGGGACGUGUGGCCUUCAACGCCCCAAGGCAAGCAAGCUGCUGCCAAAAUACAAGGUUCCGUCAGGCCAGAGAUGGAGAAUCAAAUGUGGCUGCAGAUUGCUGCUUGGAAUGGUAAAAUCGAGGAUAGCAAGGUGCCAAGGGACGGCGAGAAGCUUCUCGUUAAAAAAAUUAUAAGUCGAUGA